AUGAGCUACAAUCGACGCGGAGGUUUCGGCGGCCGCAGUCGCGGGCGCGGCGGCAAUCGCGGCGGCAACCGGAGCAGCUACAGCAGUGGCGGGCGCGGCGGCUACCACAGUGCGUCCUCAAUCGGCAACGAGGUCUGUCGACGGUACAUGGACAGCGGCAAGUGCGAGUUCGAGCAGACAUCGGGCGGGCGGCCGUGUCGGUAUCCGCACUUUGUGCGGACAAUUGGAAUGACACGCGGCCACAGCGGCGCAAUCAAAGACGUGGUCAUGUGGCCCGAGCGCCAGCAGCUCUUUACGUGCUCGGCCGACGCGAGCAUCAAGCUCUGGGACUGCGCGACGUGGCAGGAGGUCACGACGAUCAGUGUCCAGGACGCGCACCCUCCGUCCAGUACCGGUAUUCUCGGCGGUAUGACUACCACGACCUCCGGCAGCAGCAGCGGUGGUAGUCAUUCGACGCACAAUAACAGCAGACACAGUACGUCUGGAGGAGCUCGAAGCUCUUCGUCGCGCGAUGCGCAUUCGGACGGCGUCAUGGCGCUCGUGCUGUGUGGCCCGUUCCUCUUCGCAGGCUUUGCCGGCUGCUUUCGACCGAAUCCGAAGGUGUCGAUCGGAAUGGUCAGGGGAUGGAACCUCGAGAACGCUCAAGCGCCUCCGUUCGAGUUCGUAGCGUCCGAGAGUCUGCCAUUUGCCCACACAAUGAGCGUCCAAGCACUGGCUGUGGCGACCGACAGGACGGGCAACGCCACGCUGUUCAGCGGGGGUGCUGAUGGCUGCAUCCGGUACUGGCAGAUGGACACAUCGAGCAACCAGUUCAAGUGCGGCGGGGUCAUGGACGGCCACGUGCGAGGCGUGACGCGACUCAAGACAUUUGCCGUGGGCGGCGUGCCGAUCUUGGCGUCAGCGAGCGUCGACUCGACGAUUCGGCUUUGGGACUUGGCCACGUACCAGUGCGUGAAAGUGCUUGCUGCUGAAGAUAAUGGCCACACGGAUGCCGUCAUGGAUCUCGAGUUUUGGGUGAACCAGAACGAGACGUUCCUCAUCAGUGGCGGCCUGGACGCCGAGAUCAUUGUCUGGGGCCUCACGCCGCCGUUCCAGCAGCUGUUUAAAGAAACGCAGGACUCGCAGGUGACGGCAUUGUGCGGUACGCAGGACACUGCACAAGCCCCGAUCCUUCUUAUUGGCAUGGCGGAUGGCACGAUCUCUGUGAAAGAGCUGCCGUCGUUUGCGUACAAGACGACAUUGGGCGCCGAUCUCAAUCAAGGUCACCAUGAUGCUGUGCGGCGCAUUACCACCGGUCCAAGCAAUACGUUCUUCUCCACUGGCAACGACCGCAAGAUGAUUGCUUGGCAGAUCACGGGCGAUGCCAAUUCUAUCCAGUCCAAGUGA